GACAAAUUUCCAUUUCGAAACCCCUCUCCAUGGUUUGUUGAAAAACUUUCGCACGGGGAAGCGCAUCCUUUCAAACCUGGCCCCUGAGGCCGCAAAAUCAGUCGAUUCGUACAAGGGCACAGAUGAGAUGGAUACAUCGCCCUUCCAUUCACUGCUGAGAAUACAUGGCCACAAGUGAGAGUACAACGUCGAACUUGAUAUCUGACAACCACCACGAGUCAUCAGUCGCAAAUAAAGAUGCAGACAUGACAAAGUGGUAUGGGAGAUUAUCCAACUCGUUUCUUCGAUGCCUGGCCAUCCUCAUAAGCCGUGCCCGCUCCAGUAGCCCAUUGAAUAUUAUUUUGGUGAAGCACAGAAGCGUGAUUAUCAUGUGCUGCAGCCGGGGUGACUCUUGUGGGCGUGAGACGCCUGCGUUUGAACAGGCGUAGCUCUGAUAUGACAAGUGGGUGAUCGGGCGGCAGUCGAAUUCACAUGACAAGAACUUUCUUGCGAUCUCCCAUGCGGACAGUAAGUACAUGAGUCUCAGGAUCUGAUGCGGCCCCAUAUCAUGACGGUAUCUUUGUUCAAAAUAUGACAAUACGGUGUGCGUAAAAAACGCGCAAAUCGGAGUUCACUGCGCCGUUCAAGGUAAACGAACAACCAUGUAGUUCACUGCCGAUUUAUCUUGACUCUGUCAGUUUUCUGUCACGAACAACCCGCGGCAAAUGCGACGAUAGGCGCUGAAACGGUCAAGAAAUGCCUCUGAUCGCAUGGUAGUUUCGCAGCUCUUACCUCAAGAGGCAUAAAAGCAGACAUAUACUGGCCGCGUGAUGCCAUAGCCGAUUGUGACAGGUAAUGAAUCAAGGGGCCCUCCAUCAUCGAGACACUCCAUAUAGUAAGAUUUUCAGGAUUGCGUCGUAUCGUGUCCUCGUUUAUUAGAAGAGGAGGGUGAAGUUGCAUCUCGAGAAUUCUCCAUGUCCGAGAAUAACUGUCAAAUCCCAUAACACAACUGUCAUCGGAGUCUGGGACUAGAACAGGAAGUGAUACCGUUCCAUAAACGGCAGAGCUUGCGAAUUCAGUACGGGACGAGCCGAAGUGCUCGUCGACAGGCCCUCCUCGGUUGAUCGCUUGACCCCCCGAUCCCGAAUGCUUGGGUUGGCAGAACGCUUGCUCUCGUCCCCUGUUAUUUCCCGGUCUGUCCGAGAUCUGACGCGGCCUUAUUUGCUUAUGUGUUUUGAAGUGAUCCAAAAUAUCAUCACCUGGCGGCCAUCAGUCCCCCGAGGUAGUACAUAGAACAGCUUGUUGGUUGAAGGCAUCGUGCCAAGACUAGGAUCUCUGAUUCAACAAGAUGGGGAUCGCGACCAAGGCGCUUGGAGAUCGGGCCCAGGGACCAUGUGAAUAAUGACACAGGCAUAUCGAGUCGUGAGCUUUGCGAAGGCUUGUCCAGCUGCAAAAGUGUUGUAGAGGCGAAGGCUGGAACUCAAGUUUCGUGGGGAGGACCCUCUUCUUGGUAAACGCGAUGUCACCUCGACACCUGUUCAGACCCUGGUUGGCUCCGCACGACGUCUCCCACAAGCUCCAACCAGAGCCUCCAAGAUCGAAUCUUGCAUGCAGGUUAAUUACAGCCAGCUGAAAAUGUUUACUCAUGAAACGUCACGAUAGGAGUCAUGACAUCCCUAUCCUUUUGGCGUUUGGCUACGAAUGUCGACCACGCACCCUCGGGACCGAAGAAAAAAGUAAUCAUAGGCGAGUUUGCAAUAACCUUGGCACAAAACGAUGACCACGAGGAAAGAUCGUACAUGCGUGAUCACCUCGAGAAGGGGGAAACAACGACGUUUCCUGUACGACAUUUUUUGUCUCUGAAAGCAAGUUAUACAACCUGCACAAAGCCAUUUUUGGACCCAAUGGCGUUCUGUCCCUUGCGUCGGGGAGUUCUAGCCACAACAAAUGAAUAUUGGAACCUCCUAUCUUGCAUCAUUUCGAUGCAGAUUAAGUUGAACCCCGGAACAGGAGGAGAACAUCGGACUCAAACAAGAGGGCACCGAUAGAUUUCGGGCACUCCCUUCGGAGAUUCAUACGCGAAUAACGACUCGAGGUGCCUUCGCCUGACAGGCCUGGACUUUUCUCGUCGUAUAUCACAAAUCAUAGCGACACCCGCUCUGGAUGGAUCUUGGGGGGAUCUAGGGCUCUGGCAAACGGCGGCCUUGUGUUCUGGUUCGCCCGGAUAGCACAUGAUCCGUGGAAGUGGAAAAUGAGUACUCAUCAGAGGGCAAGACAUACUGCACGUCGCUGUCGUACAUGCUCGAUGUUGUGUUCAGACAUCUUUCUCCUGGCAGUACCCCAGACCACUGGGUCAUGUAAGAAUAUCGCCACUGUAUGUGAGGCUAAACUUUCGCCUCGUCGCCCUGCUUUUAGCAUUCGCCCUGCUGAACAUCAUGAAGUUUACAAUGGCGAAGUAAGGCUUGAGACUACUUUACGGUGUUGUCUUGAACAAUUGGCCCUGGUGUUAUCGAUACCGAGGCGCUGGGGAAACCGUCGGGAUCGGGAAAGGGCAAAGAGGCGCAUUAAGCCACGAUCUCAGUAUGUUAGAACCCAGAUGCUUUUUUCCACUCACCUGUGGCGUCAGUAGAAGUCCCUGACCUGGUUGAUCUUGAUCGGGCAUUGACACACCCUCCCAAGAACCCAAAAGAAUGCAUCGCCGAAAUGUGAUAACUGAUCGACCUCAGCAGGUCGAAGCAGGUAGUGUUUAGUAAUCUAUCAGCGGCUUUAGUCGCGAGGACUGGGUUGACUAACCGGGUCCCCUACCCUAGUUGGAGUUGGGCUUCCUCUAACAGGAUUGGAGAGCUGAAGAGAAAAGAGACGAGAAGAGAAUGCAAGAUGCCAUUGGUCUCUGGAAAUCCUUAGGGGCACUUUAACCAGCACUAGGGGUAUGAGUUCGCUGCACCGCGAUUCGACUCAGACGCUUGCAUUUGUAUGUAUGUAUGGUGGUGUAGGUUGGUAAAAAACGCAAGGUUAGGGCUUCUUCCGUUUGACGGGAUGCUAUGCGUCAAUCGAAAGACAUGUCUGGCGUUGACUGCCGUUGAAUUGAUCGAUUGAUUGAUCGAUAGAUUGAUUGCUUGCGUGAUAAGCACGUGUAGUGGCUACACCUCACCCCCAUCACAAGCGUUUGGCUAGGGGUUUCUUUUGGCGAUUUAGUUACAGUGGCUGUAAAUUGAAAUGUCGACUCGUCAUCUCGUCCUGAUUGUUUGUGGCAUUGCUUGCGAUUUUGUGGUGGGCAGUGGCCUAUGAUCGUCGACUGAU